CCCUUUCCCCCCCCUUUCCCCCCUUUCCCCCCCCUUUCCCCCCCCUUUCCCCCCCCUUUCCCCCCCUUUCCCCCCUUUCCCCCCCUUUCCCCCCCUUCCCCCCCUUUCCCCACCUUUCCCCCCCUUUCCCCCCAUUCCCCCCCUUUCCCCCCUUUCCCCCCCUUUCCCCCCCUUUCCCCCCCUUUCCCCCCCUUUCCCCCCCUUUCCCCCCCUUUCCCCCCCCUUCCCCCCCCUUCCCCCCCUUCCCCCCCCUUCCCCCCCCUUCCCCCCCUUCCCCCCCCCUCCCCCCCCUUCCCCCCCCUUCCCCCCCCUUCCCCCCCCUUCCCCCCCCUUCCCCCCCCUUCCCCCCCCUUCCCCCCCCUUCCCCCCCCUUCCCCCCCCUUCCCCCCCCCUUCCCCCCCUUCCCCCCCCUUCCCCCCCCCUUCCCCCCCCCUUCCCCCCCUUCCCCCCCUUCCCCCCCCAUUCCCCCCCUUCCCCCCCCCUCCCCCCCCUUCCUUCCCCCCCUUCCCCCCCCUCCCCCCUUCCUUCCCCCCCUUCCUUCCCCUUCCUUCCCCCCCUUCCUUCCCCUUCCUUCCCCCCCUUCCUUCCCCUUCCUUCCCCCCUUCCCCCCUUCCCCCCCUUCCCCCCCUUCCCCCCCCUUCCCCCCCCUUCCCCCCCCUUCCCCCCCCUUCCCCCCCCUACCCCCCCCUUCCCCCCCUUCCCCCCCCUUCCCCCCCCUUCCCCCCCCUUCCCCCCCCUUCCCCCCCCUUCCCCCCCCUUCCCCCCCCUUCCCCCCCAUUCCCCCCCCUUCCCCCCCCUUCCCCCCCUUCCCCCCCUUCCCCCCUUCCCCCCCUUCCCCCCCUUCCCCCCCUUCCCCCCCUUCCCCCCCCUUCCCCCCCCUUCCCCCCCCUUCCCCCCCCCUUCCCCCCCCUUCCCCCCCCUUCCCCCCCCUUCCCCCCCCUUCCCCCCCUUCCCCCCCCUUCCCCCCCCUUCCCCCCCCUUCCCCCCCUUCCCCCCCCUUCCCCCCCCUUCCCCCCCCUUCCCCCCCCUUUCCCCCCCUUCCCCCCCUUCCCCCCCCUUCCCCCCCCUUCCCCCCCUUCCCCCCCCCUUCCCCCCCCUUCCCCCCCUUCCCCCCCCUUCCCCCCCCCUUCCCCCCCCUUCCCCCCCCCUUCCCCCCCCCCCCCUUCCCCCCCCCCUUCCCCCCCCCUCCCCCCCCUCCCCCCCCUUCCCCCCCCUCCCCCCCCCUUCCCCCCCCCUUCCCCCCCCUUCCCCCCCCCUUCCCCCCCUUCCCCCCCUUCCCCCCCUUCCCCCCCUUCCCCCCCUUCCCCCCCCUUCCCCCCCUUCCCCCCCUUCCCCCCCUCCCCCCCUUCCCCCCCUUCCCCCCCUUCCCCCCCUUCCCCCCCUUCCCCCCCUUCCUCCCCCUUCCUCCCCCCCUUCCUCCCCCCCUUCCUCCCCCCCCUUCCUCCCCUUCCUCCCCCCCUUCCUCCCCCCCUUCCCCCCCCUUCCUCCCCCCCUUCCCCCCCCUUCCUCCCCCCCUUCCCCCCCCUUCCCCCCCCCCUUCCCCCCCCCUUCCCCCCCACCCCUUCCCCCCCCCUUCCCCCUCGAGGGCUUUCUCCUUCUAGAAAGGAACUGAUGAAGAGGAAGGGUUUGCAAUAA